AGGUGAAGUAAAAAAAAAAAAAAAGGCGAGGUAGCGCAUACCCACGACGACUACCCGGCAUUCAGAGACCGCUGGACGGCGCAUCACUACCUGCUACGUUUUUUUUUUUUUGCUGGAUUUUGAGGCGCUGGAAAUAUGGGUGCCGGUGCUUGGGUGCUGGCGCUGGUGUGGGUGUGUUGGGCUGGACGCCUUUCUAACGGUCUGGAGGCUUCAACUGAUGACCAUUUCGAUUAUAAGUUCGACACCAGCUACAUCGCCAUGAAGAAGGCCGCCAGUGGCAUAAACAUCCCUAAUCCUGACAUGCUGGUCAUAUACGGGCUGGAGGCUGCUGGGGUUUACUACGCCGCCAUGCACGGAAUGUCCUACCUCGCCUAUCAGAAACUCUCCUCUAACACCACAAAAAUGUACGCCGAGGUGUUAAAAGGAGAGUGUAUCACUCUGGAGCCAGGAGACCACGGCAAGUGCCUCACGGAGCAGGAGUUUCGGGUGUUGAUGUUAAAAGAAGCUCGUAUGUCACUGCAAACCGCCGCGACAUUAACCACGGAGGCGGGAGUGCUGGCGCGCUUGCAGUGGUUCAUGGAGAAUGGCGUGGAUGACAUCGUGUCCAUUAUCUCCACUAGUGCCCAAAACGUGAUCCGUGAUUUGUUUUUCACAUUUGUGGGCCCCGUUCAAAAUCUGUGGUUCCGAAUUGUUAAGUUUCAAAGCAUUUUAGUAAACAGAUACACGUCGGGCACGGGCGCCACAGACAAGCUGGUGUGGACUGCCGAUGCGGUUGCCAGUGAAGUUUAUACCAUAAUUGGUGCGAUUAUCAGUAAGCAGUAUCCAGUUGCUAAGUUUUACUACUCCACUGAGGAGAGAGUGGGACAGUUUUGUGUAAUGUUUCAGGAUCAUUUGAAGGCUGUUCUCAACCUGCCCACAGCUAACAUACACCAAGGCUCUCCCAUGCCAUUCACCAACCGCUAUUGGGACGCCCGGGCCCUGGAGUACGCGGUUACCUGGAUCUUCAAAAUGAGGAAGGAAGUUAGGGAUGCUGAUAAGAAGGAAUUUGACAGAGUGCUGGAGGAUUUGUAUGCUAAACUCGUGGCAGGCGAAACUGAGGAUGCUCUCGAAUUCGCCAAUCACUUCCUCAGCAAGUCCAUGGACAGGCUGGGCCCCAAAGUGUUCAGCAGGUACAUGGAGCAGCCCAUGCAUAACGAGAUCCUGCGUCUGUCGGUACCAUUACCACCCAAUCUAGAGGACACAAACCCUUUAGGAGUCCCGAAGUCUCAAUAUGAAUCCGAAGUGUCGCCGACCGAGAAUAUGAUCCAUCACUACCUGGACGAGGCGGCGGAGGAAAGCGUGGGCAGGCUGCUGUUCGAUCACUUCGUCUCGGUGAUGGGAGGUGAAGUGCUACAGUGAAGUGAUUAGAACACCUUUGUAAACCCAUGUUGUUAUAGGACCAUACUGUUGAUGUGAGCUAGUCUUGUCACAUACGUGUUAGACCAUUACGUUAACUAGAGAAUAACCCAAUCCAUUACUCCAAUAAACUGAAAUUUUUCAGUUUGCAACUUUUCACCUUUAUUUUAUAUAAUAAACUUGUGCAAACCUGAAGUUUGA